AGUUUUCCGCCGUUGGACCGUCGAGAACAAACCCGCGAAGAAGAAGAAGACACGUGUGUCAACGCGCUUAACCUCACAGUUUGCACUCCCUCUGAACACGUGGCCUGAACACAGCGCAGCAGUUGUAAGAAUUUCAAUAAAAAGUUUGAGGUCGCGAUGUCGCUGAAAUUGUUCGCUCUCGUCGUGCUGGCAGCACUGGCAUUCGCCAAGGCUCAAUCCCCCGUCGAUCCUGCCGCAGCGCCGCCAACCUUUGAAGAUCUGGUGGCUCAACAGGCCGCCAAGGUGCAGCACGUGGUCCAGCUGCUGGUGGAGAAAUCCGUCGCGCCUCCGGAGCAGAGCGCAGCGGUCCAGGCGGCGGCGUCCGAACAGGUGGCGGCCUGUGUGGCGGCAGCCGAAGCGAACCGCAACCUUGGAGCCUACUACGCCUGUACGGGACGGGUCAUCAAGCAGGCCAGCGAUGCGCUGAGUGCGGCGGCUUCCUCCGGGGCUGGUGCCAGUGGGGUGUAAAUUUAGGGGAGGGUUUAUUGAAGAAGAAAUAGUACAAAGUGAUUCAAUUAAUAGGAAUAACACAAAAAUAUAAAAAAAUGAUUUUAAUAAA